AAUAAAUAUUAUUUUCGUGCCAUGUCCGUUCUUAUACUCAAUAAAGUCUCGAAAAUAUUGGCCCGAAACGGCCCACUUAUAUACCAUGUCGUGCCUUUGCUCGUGCCCAUGAAGUUUAGGCACGGCACGGCCCAUAAAUUAUUCGUGCUCGAGCCGGACUGGCCCAUUUAUUUCGUGCUCGUGUCGUGCUCUAAUCGUGUCGUGCCGUGCUAGACCGUGGACGACACGACCCGGUGCCCACUUACAAUCAUGAUAUACAAAAUGAAGUACCGAAUAAAAGUUAAGAUUUUAGUAAACAAUCUAGCUCGAGCUCGACUCGACUCGGACUCGUUUAUUAACGACCCAAGCUCAAACUGAGGUAAAAUUCAACUCGGCUCGGCUCAUUUGUAGCCCUAAUUGGAGGAAGUUUCUUAAGAAGGGUAUCCACCGGACGAAGGGGAUACGGGAUUACCUCCAUUGGAUCCAUUGGAGGUAGUAGGUAUUUUCUCUCUAUUAUUUAUGAUUAUUCGGUAUUUGCUUGGAUUUUCAUGAUGAAGCAGAAAAGUGAGGCUUUCACGAAGUUCAAGCAGUGGAAGACAUUGGUGGAGAAUCAGACCGGGAAGAAGAUCAAGAAGUUGUGAACGGGCAAUGGUCUGGAGUUCUGCAGUUCUUAGUUCAAUGAAUUCUGCAAGGAUAAAGGGAUUGUCUGUCAUCGGACCGUUAAAGAUACACCUAGCAGAAUGGCGUUGCAGAAAGGAUGAACCAUACAUUGUUUGAGAGAGCACGGUGCAUGCUCUCUAAUGCUGCACUAGAGAGAAGAUUCUAGGCAGUGUAGUAAACAUGGUGUGCUUCCUAAUCAACCGUGGACCUCAAACAUGUAUCGAGUGUAAUACUCCCUAUGAAGUGUUCUAUGGUAAGACUGCUGAUUACUCUACACUGAAAAUUUUUGGGUGUCCUGUUUAUUAUCAUGUGGAUGAGGGUAAACUCAACCCAAGGGCAAAGAUAGGUGUAUUUGUGGCUUACGAAGAUGGAGUUACGGUAUUUCCAUUUUGGUCACCUUCUGAGCAUCGAGUUAGUUAUACUCUGUAGAAAUGUGAUAUUUGGUGAGAAGUCUAUGUUUAACCCCAUGUUGAAGGCAACUGUUGUUGAAGGUAGCAAGAAUGUUGAUAAGCAGGUAGAGCUCCAAAGUCUCAAAGAGAGUGAGUUUGAGAACGAAAGUGGAGAAGAUCAACAUGAGGAUGUUUCUGCAGAGCCAGUAACUUCAGAGUCCAGUGCACGAGCUCAACAGUCUAUGGUUUUCGGUAGACCGAAGAGAGCGAAUGCAGGAAUACCUCCAGAGAGAUAUGGCUUGGAGGAUAUGGUGGCAUAUUAAUUUCAGAUUGCUAAAGAAGUGGAUGCAGGUGAACACAGCCCUAUAGAGAAGGCAUUUCAUGUGGCGAAGCUGAUUAGUGGCUUGCCACAAUGGGAGAUGAGAUGGAAUACAAUGAUAGGAAUCAUACUUGGGAGCUAGUCAAACAACCACAGGGAAGGAAGGUUGUUACAAACAAGUGGAUCUACAAGAAGAAUGAAGGAAUCUCUUCUGAAGAGGGCAUUAAAUUUAAAGCUUGAGUGGUUGCACGAGGCUUUUAUCUGAGGUAAAGAGUUUACUACAAUGAGAUUUUCUCACUAGUGGUCAGACAUACUUCGAUCAAGGUGCUACUACCAAUAGUGGCACAUUAUGACUUGGAGUUCGAGCAGCUAGACGUGAAGACAACUUUCCUACAUGGAGAGUUGUAGAAAGAAAUUUACAUGACUCAACCAGAAGGAUUCCAUGUUCCACGAAAAGAAGACUAUGUUUAUAAGUUAAAGAAGUCCUUGUAUGGACUUAAGCAAUCUCCAAGGAAGUGGUACAAGAUAUUGGAUAGUUACACGGUUGAGCUGGGCUACUACAGAAGUCCAUAUGGUUGUUGUGUGUAUCUCAUCAAGGUGGAGGAUGGUUCGAUGAUCUAUCUUGUUCUGUAUGUGGAUGAUAUGAUCAUAGCUGCAAGGUCGAAGUCUAAUAUCCAGAAGUUAAAGGGGCUUCUAAGUGCUAAGUUUGAGAUGAAGGAUUUAGGAGCUGCUCAAAAGAUCUUGGGUAUGGAGAUUUAUAGGGAUAGUUUGAAGAAGAAGCUUUUCUUAUCACAGAAGAGCUACAUCCAGAAGAUACUGUCGAGGUUUGGUAUAUCUUCAGCAAAGCCCUUGAAUACUCCUAGUGCUUCAAAUGUUCAUCAAUCCUCAGCUUAUGCACCAUAGUCAGAGGCUGAGAAGGAAUACAUAUCGAGAGUCCCAUAUACUAGUGUAGUAGGUAGCUUGAUGUACGCUAUGGUAUGCACUAGCCCUGAUCUUGCACAUGUUGUUAGUGUUGACAGCAGGUUCAUGAUACAACCUGGGGACUGGAAGUCACAGGGGUCUCGCUGCCCGGUCAGCGAGUUGGGUCCAGGGGCAACACCCUGAUCAAGUUUGGGCCUGGUCUGUAACUUUUUACUUUACCAUAUUGAAUUAGGUUUAGACCCACAUGGAGAAGUAUAAAUACUACUCGUCUCCUCUGUAAUCUGUAAUCUCCUCGAUAUAGUGAAACUGGACUCUCCUGCCCGUGGACUAGCUAACACACAUUUGUGUUAGUGAGCCACGUAAAUCGUGUGUCAUGUGCUUCCAUUUGUUCAUUUUUUUGCUUUGUCGAUUCGGAAAUUUUACGAUCUGUAGCAGCGCAGUUAUAACACAUGAGCAGCAUUACCUUCCUCCAAGUAUUAAGUAUAGCUAGGGUUAGACCCUUCACAAAGCAUGUAACAAAUAUUGUUAAAUGCC